GGCAAGAAUCUUCACUGUCAAGUCUUGAGAAGAGGGGUCUUGGGUGACUCCUAUGUGUGUACUUCUUUCAUUGGGCUGUAUUCACACAAGUGCACGUAAGCUGUUCGAUGAAAUUCCUGAACUGUGUGUUGUCUCGUAUAAUGCUAUGCUUGAUGCUUGUGGGAAAAAUGGAGAUAUGGGUUUGGGGUUCUUGAUGUUUUCUCGCAUGCCUUAUAGAGAUGUUUAUUCAUGGACUAGUAUGAUUCAUGGGUACAUGAAGAACGGGUGCUCUGAAGUUGCUAUUAAGUUUUUCCAGAAAAUGAUGGUGCACGAGGAUGUGAAGCGCGGUCUAGUGAAGCCAAAUGAGGCUACGUUUGUUAGUGUUCUUUCUUCUUGCACGUUUUUGGAUUUUGGUGUGGCGUUAUAUCUAGGGAGGCAAGUACAUGCUUACAUGGUAAAGAAUGAGGAGUUGAGUGUCUUCAUGACGACCGCAUUGAUCGCGUUUUAUGGGAAGAUGGGUUGUUUGGUUUCUGCUUCAAAGAUAUUUGAUGCAAUGGUUAGCAAACAAGUUUUCUCUUGGAAUGCUAUGAUUUCUUCCCUAGCUUUGAAUGGAGGAGAGAAGCAUGCAUUAAUGAUGUAUGAGAAGGUGAGGGCAAAGGGGCUGCAACCAAAUGAGAUUACCUUCGUGGCUGUUCUAUCAGCUUGUGCGCGUGCCAAGCUUGUCGAUUUCGGUUUUAAAUUGUUUGAAGCAAUGUCACAUGAAUCUGAACUCGUAGCUAAGAUGGAACAUUAUGGUUGUGUGGUUGAUCUCUUAGGGAGAGCUGGGCUACUACAGGAAGCGUACGACUUCAUAAACAAGAUGCCUUUUGAAGCUGAUGCCACUGUCUUGGGGGCUCUGAUGAGUGCUUGUAGACUUCAUGGAGCUAUUGAAUUGGGAAAUGAAGUAGCAAAACUACUGCUUGAGUCACAACCGAAUCAUUCAGGGCGUUAUGUGCAACUCUCAAGCAUUUAUGCUGGCGCAGAGAGGUGGGAUCAUGCUGCUGCCUUGAGAAAAGCAAUGUUAGAUACUGGAAUACACAAGGUUCCAUCCCACAGUUUUAUUUAGUUGAGCUUAUAACUACCACAGCUUGGUGAUGGAAUCUCGACUCAUCAAAAUCAGUUAAGUCUUCCUAAAUGAAGUGUCAAAAUCAGUUAGUUGAUCACGAUAAGCAUCACCUAUAGGCAAGCGGUUCUGCUUGAUUUCUUCCUAAAUGAAGUGUCAAAUCCAUAUGGAUUUCGAUCACUAGAAAUUCUAUCACUCAAUUGUGUGUUCAUGUCUAAUCUUACUUGAGGCUUUAAACAUUGUUGUAGGUCUCUAUGAAAGUUGUUGUUUGGGGCUGAUGCAUAGUUGUUGUAUAGCAGUGAUAUCUAAGGCAGCUUGUGUUCUGCUCUAUUAAUUCAAUUGGUUUCCAAGGUUGUUUC